UUUCAAAUGGUUUAAAAGAAAAAGAUUUAGAAAACAAAAUGUCGUUAGAAGGUGGCGAAGAAAAGCAUGAGAAGGAGAAUAUAUCGGAAAAGUCGAAUUUGAAAUUGCAGAAAAAGUUAGGAAAAAUGAAUAUUUCUUUGUCCGACAACAUAGAAGGGUGUGAAUGUUCUGACAAAAAUUUGUCACCUACAUUGUCUACUUCUUCGUCAAGUCCCAUAGAAGAAUCUUCAUCAAAAUCAAUAUCUUUACAAUUUCCUGUAGAUAGUCUUCUAUUUCCAAAAGUGACAUAUUUAGGGUGUGCAGCCAUUAAUGCGCCUCGUAGUGAAAAUGAAAUUUUCCGAAACAUGGCUAUAUUGAACGAACAGUCUUCGGAACAUGCUAUCGAGAUUACUCUGUCAAUACCAGGUGAUGCGGAAGGAUCUGUCAUAUUAUAUGAAUUAAACAGCAGUACGGAGAUUGCAACUUUUCCAAUUCAUAGAAUAUUAUUUUGUGCCAGAGGAAGACCAGAGACUCAAGAAGUACAUUGUUUUGCAUUUACUUGCAGUCAUGGUACUAUUGCCGAAACGGCUAUCUUUCAGUGUCAUGUAUUUAAGUGUAACGAACCCGAAACGGUUUUGAAAGUCCUUCAAGGAUUUGCCAAAGCAUUCCGAAAGAUUCCAAAACUACCUACUUCCAGAUGUAACUCAAUUAGUUCUGAUAAAAACAUUCCUAUUGGAAACACUGUUAGAAAUAAUGAACAAGUUUAUGUUUUUGAAGCAACAUUAGAAAUGAAAGAGGAAGAUUCAAAAGGAAAUUUUGCCACUUGUCCUCGAGAUAAGGAGUAUUUUAAAUUGCGGUGCAAUCUGGAGAAGCUCAUUGUCAUGACAAUCCAUCAAAUAUCUAACAAUAAGGAACUCACCAUCGAAAGGUGUUUUGGUCUAUUAAUUUCACCUGGGAGAAAUGUCAGCCAAGGAGAUAUGCAUCCACUGGAAAUGGUUUCUAUGAAUAAAGUAGCUGGAGUAGAUAGAUUUUCUUAUCAGAUAUCGGGUCACUGGAAUCCAACACCAGCAGUUUUUGAAGUCCUAAAUAGAGAAACACCUAGAGAUUCGGUGGUUUAUGUAACAGUAGCGAUCGAUGUUGUUUUUGCUGGUGUGCAGGAAUCAAUUAGAUUUGCAAUAGAAACAAAAGCAAAAAUAUUUUCUCAAAAUGAUAGGUUUUGGUAUUUUACAAAGAAACCAGUUCAAGAACAGUUUUAUGUUAGACUGCGAGAGGCUGAAAUGGAAAAUAGUGGUGGACAUUUACUAGAUGUAGUCAGUGUAGAUAGUGCUAGCCAACUGCAGCGUAAAAGAGCAAUUCUCACUUUAAAUUUUGGGGAGGGCAGGCGUUCUAGUGUUCAGUCUGAAACGACACCCGGCGAUCAAGAGUCUGAAUCUGAUAAUGAUGAGCCACUGCUGAGUGGAACAGGAGAAGUCAGUAAAGAUUGCACCGAAGUAGAAUUAGAAGGUUGGGGUGACGUUCUGUCCAAGUGGCGUCAAAAUCUUAAACAGCGCCCAAAACAGUUGGCUCCUCUUGUCCGUCGUGGAAUACCCGAGGCCCUGAGAGGCGAAGUUUGGCAACUGCUGGCCGGUUGUCACGACACAAGGCAAAUGAUUGAAACUUAUAGAAUUCUAAUAACAAAAGACUCGCCUUGCGAAAAUGUGAUUCAGAGAGACAUCAAUCGUACAUUUCCGGCUCACGAUUACUUUAGAGAAAGCGGAGGCAUUGGGCAAGAUUCGUUAUAUAAAAUAUGCAAGGCCUAUUCUGUAUAUGAUCAAGAAAUUGGCUAUUGCCAAGGUUUAUCUUUUCUUGCUGCUGCUCUUCUUCUCCAUAUGCCAGAAGAACAGGCUUUUAAUGUUUUAGUUAGGAUAAUGUUUGACUAUCAUUUAAGAGACAUGUUCAGAAAUGGAUUUGAAGAGUUACAUUUAAAAUUAUUUAUCUUGGAUAGAUUAAUGGAGGAACUUCUUCCCGAAGUUUAUGCUCACUUCAUCGAUUUGGGCAUAGAAGCUCACAUGUAUGCAUCACAGUGGUUCUUGACUCUGUUCACGGCAAAAUUUCCACUCUACGUAGUAUUUUACAUAGUGGAUAUAUUUUUGUUGGAUGGUGCAGAUACUCUGUUUCAAGUUGCCGUCGCUCUGUUAAUGAUGUCAAAAAAGGAUCUGCUGGCUUUAGACUUUGAAGGAAUUCUGAAACACUUCAGAGUGUCCUUGCCGAAAAAGUACAGGACCGAAGAGAGUGCCAGGUUCCUCCUGCAGACGGCUGUUGGCAUCAAGCUAAAAAAAUUGAAAAAGUACAAAAAGGAUUAUGUUGUCUUCAAAGAACAACAGAAGCAGCAAGAGGAUCCUGUGGAUGGAUUAAAGCGAGAAAAUAAGAGACUGCUUGAGAGUAACAUGCACCUGGAACAAGAAAACGACGACUUGGCACAGGAGUUGAUAACCACGAGAAUGCAGCUGAAGAAAGAAUUAGAGGGCGCCGAAGAAAAAAUAGAAGCUCUGACAAAGGAGCUACACACGAGUAAGUGCUGUCUUUCGGAACUGGAGGACGAAAAGAAGAGAUUGGACGUCGAAGUGACUCAGCUGAAGGGAAUGUGCAGGCGAGAACUACAGAGAGCCGAGACAGAAAUAUCUAGGAAUAAUCUGAUAAUAUCCGAAUAUAAACAGAUAUGCGGUCAGUUGAAUUCGAGAUUUGAGAAGGAACAGCAACUGUCUAAAGAAAUGAUCGAAAAGUUAAGGGCACAGAUGAAAACUUGCGAAAACUGUCGAACUGCGCUCGAUGCGCCACAGUCGUUGCCUAUGCAGCUUCCGGUGGACGAGACAGGCAUCCCCAAGCAGGGUCCGAAAUGCGACGAUUCCCAGGACCAAAUAAGGGAACUCGAACUCGAACUGGCCCAGACCAAGCUGGCCUUGGUCGAGGCCGAAUGUAAAAAUCAGGACGUCAAUCACCAGUUGAACGUGGCCCUGGCGGAACUGCAGUCCGUAAAAAACACGUGGUUCCACAAGACCCUGUCGUCCAUUCGAGACGCCACGAAAAAAGAAUAUCCGGUGAAGGAGGCGAAGGAAAAAGACGCCACCUGAAUGCCGGAGAACGAACUUGUAAAUUUGGCAAAGCACAACAAGGUUCCUUUGUACAUUCCUUAGAGACUUAUUAACGUGCAAUAUACCUUGUCUAAUUUGUUACAUUUUGUAUUUUGUGUAAUGUUGAUAUAUAACUUCCCACGUCUGCCUUCCGAUAUUUUUCUUCGAUAUCAGUUUACACUCUAUGUAAAGAAGUCGUACAUAAUUUUUUUCCCCUUAAAAGUUUAUAUGCAACAUUAAAAAUAUAUAUAAUAUAUAUAGCAGAGAGCAUUUAACGAUUCGAUCACAAAAUGUAUUUUCAUUGGUACUUGCCUUUCAAGCAUCAUUAUCAAAUCCGAUAUCACAGUAUUUUACGUAGUUUAAGAAAAAUAUAUCCAUAAUUACAACAUACACGAUAUAUAAAAAUAAAUGUAGCACGGAUACUUGAAACAUUUCCGGAGAGUAUGAAUAGCGUUAAUAAGCAUCAAUCAUUAUUAUAAGGUGCCUUUUUAAUGUGUGGAAAAUGGCAGUCUGUUUUGUUGAUUCUUCUCCGGAUCAAAAAUGUUUCAAAUUUCUUGCCGUUCUCCAUAUUCGUGCAUAGUCGAUAUUUUAAAAAGCAUAGUAAAAAUUUUUAAGGAAGUCCAUUUAUGAUAUAAAAAAAAUCCAUUUCUUCUUUUGCUCGUCGAAAGACUGUAAGAGCGCACUAUGGAAUCUGCUGUUUUCCCUCCGUAAAUAAUACUUUGACUAAUUCCUUCAAAUUUCUUUUGACAAUCAAUGUCAAUUUCCUUUGGGUUAUCCCGAUUUUAUUAUUCUAGUCUAACAAUGCGCAAUGCAAGGUCGCAGAAAAUGGUUUGUCUAGCAUAGUCUGUUCCGGUCGACCACAGUAGGAUAGCCCGCUUAGAUCGAAAGAGGUGUAAUAGGCAAAAAAAUAUGCAAUAAUUUAUUAAAGUUAGUGUCGCACUCUGUCGUUAUUUUUACCGUUCUACGGCACCGCCGGCAGUUGCCGGGAAGCAGUUUACGGUUAUUGUAUAAAUUAUCGUUUCGUGUUUUGUUAACUGUUCGUCGGGCGUUCCGACCCAUUAUUGUUAUCCGUACUCAAAAAAAAGAGAAAAAAAAUGGGAGCAACUAAUGUUAUGUAUGUAUCGUAAUUCUAAUAAAAUUUUAGUUUUCUUGUGGA